GUCAGCCCCUUAGGGGAGCCGCGCUGAUGUCACGAGCCCGCAGGAAGUCUCGUAUCGUGCCCGGGAGGCGCCGGAGCCCAGCGGCUGGCGCCAGAUCCAGGCUCCUGGAAGAACCAUGUCCGGCAGCUACUGGUCGUGCCAGGCACACACUGCUGCCCAAGAGGAGCUGCUGUUUGAAUUAUCUGUGAAUGUUGGAAAGAGGAAUGCCAGAGCUGCCGGCUAAAAAUUACCCAACCAAGAGAAAUGUAGGCUGGGCAGCCUGAAUCACCCCGUGAGAAUUGCUGCUGUUUGUUUACUCUCACCUAUCAUGUCAUGAAUAGUUUCUUGUUUGGUUAUCUCACUUGGAAUUCCAGCCCAGAAUCUUAUCUGCUAAGGUCAAAAGUAACCAGUUCUGGUAUCUUUUUUUGUUUGUUUUUGAGACAGGGUCUCAUGCUGUCACCCAGGCUUGAACUCCUGUGCUCAAGCAAUCCUCCCGCCUCAGCCUCCACAGGCAUGCGCAACCACACCUGGCUAACUUUUGUAUUUUUUGUAGAGAUGGGGGUCUCGCUUUGUUGCCCAGGCUGGUCUUGAACUCCUGGGUUCAAGUGAUCCUCCCACCUCAGCCUUCCAAAGUGCUGGGAUUACAGGCACAAGCCACUAUGGCCGGCCAAUUCCAGUACCUUUUUUUUUCUUCUCUCUCUCUCUUUUUUUUUUUUUUUUUAACCACUACACUAUGGAAAAGAAUUCCAGUAUCCAGUGUCUUUCUUUUUUUUUUUUCGAAACGGAGUCUUGCUCUGUUGCCCAGGCUGGAGUGCAGUGGCGCGAUCCCGGCUCACUGCAACCUCCGCUUCCUGGGUUCAAGAGAUUCUCCUGCCUCAGCCCCCUGAGUAGCUGGGAUUACAGGCAUGCGCCACCAUGCCCGGUUAAUUUUUGUGUUUUUAAUAUAGAUGGGGAUUACACCAUGUUGGCCAGGCUGGUUUUGAACUCCUGACCUUGUGAUCUGCCUACCUCGAUGUCCCAAAGUGUUGGGAUUACAGGCGUGAGCCACCACGCUUAGCCCCAGUAUCCAGUAUUUUAACGCAGGCCUGUGUGUUGACUCUGGUUCCAGAGGGUGAUUCCUGAUGGUUGUGGCCAGUGUCCUGGAGGGAUGCUUCUUAGGACAGGAUGCCUGAUUCUGGGUGUAGGGCUCCUGACUGCCUCUAGGAGAUGCUUGUUCUCAAGCUGCAGGAUGGACUUUCUGGUCCUCUUCUUGUUCUACCUGGCUUCAGUGCUGAUGGGUCUUGUUCUUAUCUGCGUCUGCUCGAAAACCCAUAGCUUGAAAGGCCUGGCCAGGGGAGGAGCACAGAUAUUUUCCUGUAUAAUUCCAGAACGUCUUCAGAGAGCUGUGCAUGGAUUGCUUCAUUACCUUUUCCAUACGAGAAACCACACCUUCAUUGUCCUGCACCUGGUCUUGCAAGGGAUGGUUUAUACUGAGUACACCUGGGAAGUAUUUGGCUACUGUCAGGAGCUGGACUUCUCCUUGUAUUACCUUCUUCUGCCCUAUCUGCUGCUAGUUGUAAACCUGUUUUCUUUCACCCUGACUUGUGUAACCAAUCCUGGCGUUAUAACAAAAGCAAAUGAAUUAUUAUUUCUUCAUGUUUAUGAAUUUGAUGAACUGAUGUUUCCAAAGAACGUGAGGUGCUCUACUUGUGAUUUAAGGAAACCAGCUCGAUCCAAGCACUGCAGUGUGUGUAACUGGUGUGUGCACCGUUUCGACCAUCACUGUGUUUGGGUGAACAACUGCAUCGGGGCCUGGAACAUCAGGUACUUCCUCAUCUACCUCUUGACCUUGACGGCCUCGGCUGCCACCGUCGCCAUUGUGAGCACCACUUUUCUGGUCCACUUGGUGGUGAUGUCAGAUCUAUACCAGGAGACUUACACUGAUGACCUUGGACACCUCCAUGUUAUGGACACAGUCUUUCUUAUUCAGUACCUGUUCCUGACUUUUCCACGGAUUGUCUUCAUGCUGGGCUUUGUCGUGGUCCUGAGCUUCCUCCUGGGUGGCUACCUGUGCUUUGCCCUGUAUUUGGCGGCCACCAACCAGACUACUAAUGAGUGGUACAGAGGUGACUGGGCCUGGUGCCAGCAUUGUCCCCUUGUGGCCCGGCCUCCGUCAGCAGAGCCCCAAGUCCACCGGAACAUUCACUCCCACGGGCUUCGGAGCAACCUUCAAGAGAUCUUUCUACCUGCCUUUCCAUGUCAUGAGAGGAAGAAACAAGAAUGACAAGUGUGUGACUGCCUUUGAGCUGUAGUUCCCGUUUAUUUACACAUGUGGAUCUUCGUUUUCCAAGCA